AAUGAGCCCCCAUCUUCUUCCGGUUCCAGGUUCUAAGCCAGCGCCCUCACCGGUUUGGAGGGUGAUUGGCACUGCGGCUGGGAAGAUGGCUGCGGCGGCGACAGUCCCAACCCCAGCUGCGGCCUCGACUACCGCUACUGCCACGGCAGCGGCUCUCGGGGAAGUGGAAGAUGAAGGGCUCCUGGCGUCUCUCUUCCGGGACCGCUUUUCCGAGGCUCAGUGGCGAGAGCGGCCCGAUGUGGGCCGCUACCUCCGCGAGUUGAGCGGGUCGGGGCUGGAGCGGCUGCGACGGGAGCCUGAGCGCCUGGCGGAGGAGCGGGCGCAGCUGCUGCAGCAGACGCGCGACUUGGCCUUCGCUAACUACAAGACCUUCAUCCGCGGCGCCGAGUGCACUGAGCGCAUCCACCGCCUGUUUGGAGACGUGGAGGCGUCCCUCGGCCGCCUGCUCGACCGGUUGCCCAGUUUCCAGCAGAGCUGCAGGAACUUUGUGAAGGAAGCCGAGGAGAUCAGCUCCAACCGCCGGAUGAAUACCCUGACUCUAAAUCGGCACACAGAAAUCUUGGAAAUAUUGGAGAUUCCUCAACUAAUGGACACUUGUGUCCGGAACAGCUAUUAUGAAGAGGCCCUGGAGCUUGCGGCUUAUGUACGCCGACUGGAAAGAAAAUACUCUUCCAUCCCUGUCAUCCAGGGCAUUGUGAACGAAGUGCGCCAGUCCAUGCAGCUGAUGCUGAGCCAGCUGAUCCAGCAACUGAGAACCAACAUCCAACUCCCCGCCUGCCUCCGCGUCAUUGGCUACCUGCGGCGCAUGGAUGUCUUCACUGAGGCUGAGCUGAGAGUGAAGUUUCUUCAGGCCCGGGACGCUUGGCUCCGUUCCAUCCUGACUGCCAUCCCUAACAAUGAUCCCUAUUUCCACAUCACCAAAACCAUUGAGGCCUGCCGUGUCCAUCUCUUUGAUAUCAUCACCCAGUACCGUGCCAUUUUCUCAGAUGAGGACCCCCUGCUGCCGCCUGCUGUGGGGGAGCACACUGUGAAUGAAAGCGCCAUCUUCCAUGGCUGGGUGCUACAGAAAGUCUCGCAGUUCCUGCAGGUGCUGGAGGCUGACCUUAACCGGGGGAUAGGCAGCCGCCUAGACUCUCUGCUGGGCCAGUGCAUGUACUUUGGGCUGUCCUUCAGCCGGGUAGGGGCUGAUUUCCGGGGCCAGUUAGCACCUGUCUUCCAGCGGGUGGCCAUUAGCACUUUCCAGAAAGCAAUUCAGGAAGCAGUGGAGAAAUUCCAGGAUGAAAUGAGCUCCUAUACUCUCAUCUCAGCUCCAGCCAUCCUGGGCAGCAGUACUAUCCCUGCUGCUGUGCCAGCUGCCCAGCCGGGGACACUGCAGCCACCAAUGGUGCUCUUAGACUUCCCACCCCUGGCCUGCUUCCUCAACAAUAUUCUAGUUGCCUUCAAUGAUCUGCGCCUCUGCUGCCCUAUGGCCCUGGCACAGGACGUGACUUGGACCUUAGAAGAUGCCCUUGCCAAGGUAACCAAAGUAAUCUUGGCCUUCCAUCGAGCUGAAGAGGCUGCCUUCAGCAAUGGGGAGCAAGAGCUCUUUGUCCAGUUCUGCACUGUCUUUCUGGAAGACCUUGUUCCUUACUUAAAUCGCUGUCUCCAAGUCCUUUUUCCACCGGCACAGAUAGCCCAGACUUUAGGCAUCCCACCCACUCAGCUCUCCAAAUACGGAGACCUUGGGCACGUGAACACCCGCGUAGUUCAGGAGCCCCUCGCCUUCCUCCUGCCUAAGAGAGAGCCAGUCUUCCCUCCUGAUGGAAAGGAGCCAGCGCCCGAGCUCACACCGCGGGCACCGGAGCCCCUGGAGGAGGAGCCGGGCCCCGAGCCUGCCCCCUCAGCCAGCCCUGAGAGUGGCCAACAGGAGGUGGACUCGGAGGAGCCACCGCAGGGGGACCCGCCUGCCGUGGGGACUUAGGACACCAGGGCUGGUAGGCAGGUCGGCGGGGAGGGCAGUGGCCGGGGCCGCGGUGUGAGCCCGCGAAGGUGGUGGUGGGGAGAUGACGACGUCGGGGUGCCUCUUGUACCUGGUGGAACUACACAAUAA